AUGUCUGCAAACCGCCGCGACUACCAAAACGUCCCCGCCGACGACGUCGAAGAUGACGACGACCUGAUCGAUCCCGAUGAUGCCGACCUCAACACCUUCGACGACCCCCUCUCCACCACCGGCUCCUCCCAACAACGCGCCACCCCCUCCUCCUCCUCCCGCGCCCCUCUCUCCGGCAGCAUCGGCUCCGCCCCCUCCCGCCCCCUCAGCAGCAGCGCCAGCGCCUGGACCUCCCGCAUCCCCGGCGAAGACCGCCGCAUCGGCUCAACAAUCGACGAGUCCGUGUGGGCAACCCUGCGCCGCGAUCUGCUGGCCGUCUGGCACAAACUGCGAGAGGUGCUUUACCCGCGGCAUUUGUUUUACGCCUGGGGAGUGGGGGGUGGAGGUGAGGAAGGGGGCGGUUCGGGAUCCCUGCGGGGCGCGUAUGCGUCGCUGCGGAGUGGGGGGUUUGCGAGUGCGCGGGAGGAGUUGGCUGGGUUUGCGGGACGGGUGAUGGAUGCGGAGAGUUUGCUGGGAACGGGGAGUGGAGCGGGGGGGGAGUAUGGAGGGGUGGGAGGGGGGUUGAGGGAUUGGGAUUUGUGGGGGCCGUUGGUGUUUUGCUUGUUGUUGAGUACGCUGUUGUGUUUGCAGAGUCGGGAGCAGCAGCGUGAGGUGGUGUUUAGUGGGGUGUUUGCUAUGGUGUGGGUGGGCAUGGCGGUUGUGACGGUGCAAAUCAAGUUGUUGGGGGGGAAUAUCUCCUUCGCCCAAAGUAUCUGCGUCAUCGGCUAUACGCUCUUCCCGCUGGUCAUUGCCGCGCUACUGUCAGCGCUUCAUCUUCACUGGAUCGCGCGCAUCCCUGUCUACCUCGUACUUGUCGCCUGGUCGUUAGCUGCGGGUGUCAGCAUCCUUGGCGGUAGCGGUGUUGUCAAGAAUCGGGUUGGUUUGGCAGUCUACCCGCUCUUUGUCUUUUACCUCGGGCUAGGGUGCUUGUGCUUCAUCAGCUAA